CUUGACAACCAGGAAGUGCUGUAGUGUCGGCGUUAGGACGAAGGUUGUUGGUAUGACUGUCAGUAUUUCUUCACUUCACCAACACUGUUGUCUUUUUACUGGAUAUACUAAAUAUUCUUUUAUAGUUAUUUGUCAGGUAGGUCCAAGAGUAGUAGAGAAAUUCUUCUUUGUUGCUAAGUGCGUUAAAUCAAUGAGUUGAUACAGUCUUUUCCCUCAAAUAUCCCGAAACCCUCAUGAAAACUUGAUAGUAAUAUUCAGGAUGUAAGAAUGAAAACUAUGAAGUACCAAAAGGGCCCACUUGAAGAAGGAAAAAUCAACAAAAAUUGUCAAUCCUAAACGGGAUGAUUAUAGCUGAAAACUGAAAGAAUGAGGGAGGUCGUUCAUUUGAGUAAAGAUUUACACAUUAUCUUGUUAUCAUUCACUUUUUCCUUAAAUCAUUAAUGAUUUAAUGAAAAAAGGUUUCAAUUGACUCAACUAUUAUCUCAAUCUAGAUGACUGUUUUCCAGGUUUUUGCUUUUGCAUCUCUUUAGGUUGAGCAAUUUGAAUACAAUAACUAGCUUUCAUAUCAUAGCCAGUUGUGACCCCCUUUGUGGUGCUCAUGUUUGAUCAACUGCAAGAAAAAAAAGACACACAAAAUGCACAAAGAGAGCUGAAAACAUUAACACCUUUAACAUGAGGAUUCUUUUUUUUCUCAUGUUUUAUUCUGUUUAUAAUGCCUCUGUUUACUUUACUAAUUUUCAUCAUCCCUCUCAAACCCGAAACCACCCACCAAAGCCCUGUAAUGCCUCUGUUUCGGGCAACUGGGGACCGUCAGGAGACAAAGUCUCAGUCCAAGAAGAGGAGAUACAGGACGAAGUCAUGUAGUAUGUUAGAUGAAGAAGGCUCUGUGUUAUCACUGACACAUCUGUGUCUGCUGAGCCUGGCUGACAACAUGAAGGACGUGUGGGCCAAAGACUAUGCUGACAACUACCUGGAUCAAUACUCCUUCAGACACAUCAUGGGGCCUUUUAACUUACUGCGUGAGUUUGUGCUGUUUUAUGAACAGACAGUGAUCCCCUUCACAUUAAAGGACUGGUUGAGGAUAAUCUCUUAUCCUUUUGUUCUGCCUCUCUUUGUUUCUUUAGCUGGCGAGUUAGUGGAGGAGCUGACACUGCUGCUGUGUAACAGGAAGCAGUUGUCUCGAGCCGCCCUCCACCUUUUGUUGGUCCCUCAGCUCCGGGCUCUGUCUCUGGAAAAGUGUCCUGGUCUGGCCACCUCUGCUCUUUGUUUCCACAUUACAGCACGUUGUCAGGUCAGGCAGAUCCCAGUUUUAUGUAGUUUCUUCAACACUGGUUUGAAGUGUGUUAAUGUUUACCACCUUUUGACAAAAUGCUGCAGCUCAGGAGAUUAUAAAUGGAAAAGCUUACGCUGUUAAAUAGUGUGCUGUACAUCAUUUUAUAGCAAAAGGGGGAAAAAAAACAUGAGCACUUAAAUGUGUUCUGUCUGCUCACGUGAACGGGAUGGCUUUGUGGCCUACACCGGCAGUCAAUUUGAAGAGCUUUAAUUUUUUUGUCUUUACUCCUCAGUGGUUGUCAUGCUGUCCAUCUUUUUACAUACAUCUGUAAUGUUUCUCCAUAGAGCCUGUGGAGCUUGGACCUCUCUGGAGCUCAGUUGCCUUCAAAGACUUUGUCAGAAACCCUCAGCUGUCUACCUGUUUUGCACUCACUCUGCCUCGCUGGAACACCCUGUGAUGGACAUGUAAUCAGGACAAUUGCCCAACGCUGUCAUUUCCUGCGCCAUCUGGAUGUAUCCCGGUGUCAUUCCCUCUCUCCUGCAGCACUUGUUCCACUUGGUGGCGGGGCUUUACUAUAUUCCACUGAUUGUCCAUCUAGUGGAUCCAACUCAACAUCCAAAUCCCCUACUAAACCUGCAGAUGUUUCUCCUCCACCACUCAGCAGUUUGCUCGCUCUUGAUAUUGCGUUUGGAGAAGAAGAAGGAGACUCUGCGGCUGCUGCGGCUUUCCUCCUCCUCUCACUGCCCUACCUGGAGAGAGUCGCCAUGGAAGGUGUUUCACAGGCCUGCCAUCUGAUCCGUCAACGAGAGUUCAGCCACAUCUAUGAGUUCAGUGACAGGAAAGGACUGCCCUGUCUGGAGGAAGUGUGGAGGAAAAGGUUGGGCAUAGACAAGUGUAGUGACAAAAGAGGAGGAAAAAAAGAUGAAGAUGAGGAUGGGCUAUUGUGGAAGGGAUCUGCCAGUGAGAGUGAGGAGGAUUUAAAUGAAGAUGAAGGAAAGAGAGCACAAGAUUUGUUGCAAUCAGGUGAUGAUCAUUUUGUCCUGAGACUCAAGGACGUCCAGGGGUUGUCAUGUGACACUCUGAACAGUGUGAGUCAACUAUGUCCAGAUAUCCACUCCAUAUCAGGGAAUAUCGAUAAUGAUGGACUAUUAGGGGUAAAUCAGGGCUCUUCAUUAGCACUGAGCCUACAAAAAUGGUCAGGUCAGCUGAGGAGCCUCUCACUCAACUACCAGGGCUCUGUGCAAGAUCUCCUUCCUGCACUACAAGUAUCAGGCUCCUCUUUGGUGUUUCUCAACCUUGAGGGGGUAAAGACUAGCCCUCACACUCCUCUACAGGACAUAAUAGGGGCCUGUCCCAAACUUAGAGAUCUGAUCAUCUCUGCUGAGCCUCCAAACACACCACAGCAAGAAGAAGAAGAAGAGGAAGAGGAUGUGGGGGUACAGCAGGAUGACCAGGAUCUUCUACGGCUGCCCAACCUUCACUCCCUAACACUCAAGUAAGGCAGCUUUUGAUACAGUAUUAAUGUAGAUUUAUUUUCUACCCUGAGAAACUCAAAUGCUCUUUAUUUCUUAGAUUCAGUCAUAGUUUUCAGAACAGCAUGAAAAAUUAAAUACAACACGAGGACAACAUAGAGAUGAAAUAAUUACCGUCCGGUUCACAAUACUUCACAUGCAUGAAGAAAGCCUCGUGCUACACAAUGCAGUCAGCAUUAGUAUCAUUAUGAGUUACAUUUUUCAAUCAAUUAAUUUUCCUUUAAUUUAUGCAUAAAAAUUGAUGCAGCAUAGAUGGAGGGACCAUUAUUAGCGACCAACACAUGACUUGCAGUCUUCCAUCUUGUAAGCUAAAGCAAGAUUAUUCAUUCAUCCAAAGCUUUUCCAAACUGUUUUCCCCUUAAGUCUUCAUAAAUUUUGCCUGUAAUAAUAUUUCUUUUCUUUUCACUUUUACAUUGUUACAAAAAAGUAGAAUUUAAACACAUAGUUCACAUUAGUAACUCUCAUUUACCUCUUUCAGUCAACUCUGGGCAGACAAAUAUCAACUUUGAAUGUGAACAUUGUAAUACAAGCUUUUGUUUUGAAUCUUAGGUUGUUUAGGAAAACUAGCGACAAAAUCAUUUCAAAAUAAUUAUAUAUAUAUAUAUAUUUAAAUACAAGUUAUCACAAAUAUCUUGACUUCAAAUGUAACUGAUAUUUUUAUCUGCCUCCUUUGUGUCUUGUCUGUUCAAAGUUUCUCCUACGAGCACGGCCAAAUGAAGCCCGUCAUGUCCUGGAUGUCCCUGAAGAAGGUGCUGAAGGGCCUCCUGUCUGGUUCUUCCUUACUUGAAAAGCUCUCACUCGUCUCCCUGCCGUGUCCUCUAAACUGUGUGGUGCAGGAUGUACUGCGCACAAAUCUCUAUGCAGACUCUGCAAACCUACCUCUCGUGCCACUUGGGCGGCUCCGGCACAUCAACUUCCAGCGGACGGAUGUCAAGAUAGAAACAAUUGACAGUUUAAUGCAACAAAGCAAGAGAGUGAAGUGUAUAGAUGUGAGUCACUGCUGGAAAAUCAGUCGGAAAGAGUGUCUUAACUGUGCCUCAAAGAGCAAAGCCCAACUCAUCUGGUCCUAGUUGAAGAGAUGAGCAUCUUACAUUACUGAAGUAACAAUGCACAUUCCACUGAAAAACAGUGCACAUUUACAGGAAAAAAAGCUUUAGAGUUUAAAUUCAUAUCAAAUAAUCACUAAAGAUAUCAAUAGUGUACAAUUCAAACAGGCACAGAUUUAUCUACAAUGUUUUUUGCACUGAAAGAUCACAAUAAGUCCUUUACUGGUCUCAAGCCAUGGCUUUAUCCUAGGUGCCUUGAAUGACAAACUUAUCCUCUACAGUGUUUUAAAUGCAGUAGUAUUACAGUGUUUUUUAAGGUGAUGAUCAACUAGACAUUCAAGUCCACUCAGUGUGAUUUAAGAAAUAUAACAAUGUUUUUAUCUUUUUCUAAAAACUGUGGAAAAUUGUGAUUACUUUGACUGUUUAUUGAUCAUCUUUUAAAGAGGGUCAGCUGGGAGUUUUACCAAAAUCUGUAAAUUAUUACAUGAUUGUGGUCAGAGUACACCUGGUAGAAUAAAACUGCAUCUUAUAUAACAUUUAAA